GCAACAGCUGUAAAUCAAGUGGGUUUGUUUUACCUUACGUGUGGUAGCUGUUGUGAGGAAAGACUGUAUCCAGUCUACUUUAUUUUUUCUUACUAGUUUGAGAAAAUCCUCGUCCCACAAUGGCUUUGCCAUUUCUGCCAGGCAACACUUUUAAUAGAAAUUUGGGCAAAACAAAGUACCACAAGUCUCAUCAUUUUGAUUAUGAAAAUGAAACUGCCUUGAUGGUAGGGGCUCAGAAACCAGGAAUUGGUGGGGAGCCUCUUUUAGGUCAGAAAUAUAAGCCCAGGAACACUGUUUUUCCUAAAGGACAAGGUAGUGAUUUGCCAUCAUGGGUAGCCUUUGACAGACAGGUACUUUCAUUUGAUGCCUACUAUCAAGAAGCCGUUCAUGAAAAGAGAGAGGAACAAUACAGAGUGAGGAACUGCAAGAUCUACUUUUAUUUGGAAGAUGACUCCAUUCAGGUUUUGGAACCACGUCUUAAGAAUGCUGGCAUUCCUCAGGGCACCCUCAUUAGACGUCAUAGGAUACCUCGCCCACCACCAAACGAAGAUGAGUUUUAUACUGCCGAAGACUUUAACAUUGGAUGUGAGAUUUGUCUCUACUCUAAAGUCUUCAAGAUUGUUGACUGUGAUCAGUUCACACAGAACUUCUUAAGAAAGAUGGGAACCAAUGUUCAAAGACCAGCCAGGCCACCAGAGGAUCCCUACAUGAACUUCAGAAAAGCUAUGGAUGAAUCCAUGAAUCCACUCCGUCCUUAUGAAAAGUACGACACUCUGAAACAGUUUUUGGAUCACGACCGCCAUGUUCUCCGUUUCUACUGUCAUUGGGAUGAUUCAGAGAAUUUGUUUGGGGAUCCACGAGAGAUGGUUCUACAUUAUUAUCUUGCAGAUGACACAAUGGAAAUUAGAGAGGUUAUUCCGGCUAAUUCAGGGCGUGAUGCAGUGCCAGUGUUCCUGAAACGUAUGAAACUACCCAAAACUCCAGGUAGUCUCCCCUUACCAGGGGUCAUCACAGACAGGACAGUGCUCAAUGUGUUUGGUGCCACUGGUCCGGGUAGUCGCUACAUCCUUGAUAACUUGAAGACAGGAGCUGUUGACCAAGAAUUCUACACAGACCGUGACUUGUCUCUGGGAGCUGUUCUGAAUGUAUGGGGAAGAAAAUUUGUCUUGUGUGACUGUGAUAACUUCACAAAAGAAUACUACAAGACUAAAUAUGGAAUAGAGGAAAUGACGCCAGUGACUUAUAAAGUAGAAAAAACAGUCCAGCUCCCCCAGCAGACCCCUCCUUAUAAUGGUUUUGGUAGCGAAGAAGAUUCUCAGUGCUCAUGUAAAGGGCUACUUCCAAAGCCUCCUAAACGGGAUUUCAUCAAGUUCAUGGAGCGCGACAGGAGUGGCUUGGACAGCAAUGUCUUGAGGUUCCUUGCCUUGAUGGAAACUAAAAAACCCAUUGACCAGGAUCGCAAGUUUAUUGUCUCUUAUUUCAUGUCUGAUGAUUCUAUUUUGGUAUUUGAACCACCUGUAAGAAAUUCAGGCAUAUCUGGAGGAAAGUUCCUGGAAAGAAGCCGUGUUAAGAAACCCAAUCAGCCGAGAUACAACACAGAAAACUCUCAGUAUUACAGUGCUACUGACCUCUAUGUUGGUGCACAUGUCGAGUUCAACAAUUUCAAAUUUGUACUCGUGGAUGCUGAUGAGUACGCCUUCAAAUUCAUGGAAGACAACUCUCACAUUUUUGUUAAGAGUAACAUUGAUGUGAUCCUGCAAAAAAUUGCCGCCAGACUGGGGCCCAACAAAGAAGAUAUUCAAGCCUUCUUUGCUAGAACAGACCCAACUGGAUCUGGUUAUCUCCCCUUUGAGAAAUUCAGGGAUAUGGUUCUCACCAUUGAGCCAUCAUUGACAGAGCAGGAGGUCAUAACAGUGGCAAGACAGUACAGUGACCGCAAGUCGGACAUCAUCUUAGAUGCUGAUAAACUGACAGCUGUCAUGCAGGAGGAGCUCAUAAAGAAAAACUUUGAAGACUUUAGCUCUUUGAUAGAUUCUCUCAGACACUUAGACAAGAACUGCACUGGCUAUUUGGAGCGUGAGAUCAUCAGGAGAGAGUUUUUGGCCCAACAUGUUCCACUGCCUGAAGAUAUGCUCAGAGCAGCUCUGUCCAUAGCUCGAACUUCAAAUAACAACAAUGAGUUGGUUGCCUACGAAGAGUUUGUGACCUCUCUCAACUGGCACACCCGCCCAGCUCAGCCUAUCCAGUAUCAAGCAGUGGACGAUGAACAAUGGACUGGCACUAAAACCCAAAACCAGAUCACCCAUGUCAACUACAAACCUCUGCUGCAGAGAAUAUUUGGAGAUAUUAAGGAUUAACAUUCACAUUCUUAAUUUAUCUUGGAAUGAAUUUUUUUUUUACAUUAACUGUGAUAAUAUUAAUCAUUUAAAAUUAUGUUUACAUGACUUCUAAGGUAUUUUUCUUACAUUAAAUCACUAUCUGGAGUAUCUGUUAUAUACUUUAAAAUUUCUUGAAAAGUCAUUAACAGUCAUUGUUAAUAGGAGAGAAAAUAAUUUACAAUAGGCUCACUAUCACUCAAUUGUUUUAAUAAUAUUCAUAUGUUACAUUGUGAAUACGGGCCAUAAUUUUGUUUCUUCUAACCUGUAUUGAAAAAAAUAUUAAAAGACAUGUAAAUUGUAUGUUUUUUAAAAUGUCAGAUCAAUAUUUACAAAACUUUAACUGCUUUGUGUUAUCAGGUUAUAAGCUACUGAAUAUGGAGUUCAUCUCUUGAACAAUUUUUAACAGAGUUUUCAAAAGCAGUCUUACUCUUAUUUAAUCAACUUCAUUAUCUGUUUGUUGCAGUUAUUGUUACUAGGAAUGUGAGUGCAGAAUUUGUUGAAUGGGUAAUGAUUAAGUUUUGAAAAAACUACAUGUUUAAAAAUUAGGAUUUUAUCAAUUUUUAUAUUCUAAAUCUACAAAUUUAAAAAAAAAGGCUAAUUAUUUGUAUACACUUAAUAGACCUGCCUUUUUUAAGCUUAUGUAAGUAGCAUAAAAAUUAAACAUGUUUUAUAAAUUA